AUGGAACACCGCGUCGGCGCCGUCGUGACGAGGCUCUGUCUGGCACACCGCUUGUCAGCCGGUUGGUGGUGGAACGUCGCAUCGGCAUUGUCUAGACGAGGCUCCGCCUGGUACGCCGUUGAUCAGCCGGUGGGAUGGAUCUCCGAAUUGGCACCGUCGACACGCGCCCAUCUGGUGCACCGUAGGAGACCGCAGGCUUGCGGCAAUGCCGUAAGCCAUUGGCAAAUUCGAGUCGUUCUUCCACUGCCAAAAAAAUUCGUGGCCGACAGUGGAGUUCGGCCGCGCCGGCACAUCAAGCAGCCCCUAUUCAGGGGUCAGGGCACUGCUUCCUUCGGGGGGGCCUGGAAAAGCUGGCCUAAAAAUUGCUGGGGAACCACGUCGUCUGCUGGCGCACCGCGGUCGCAGACGCAAAACUCACGGUCGAAACAAUCAAACUCGAAACAACAACAACAACCAUACUCCUUCUCCUCAUCCUACCUCUUCUACCUCUACCUCCGUCUAUUCUUCUGUCUAUUCUUCUCCUUCGUCGUCUUCUUCUCCACCUCCUUCCCGUCGCCCCACUCGUUUUCUCCAGACUGGCAGGGUGAGCCCGCUUACUCUGGCAGCCUGGAAUGUUCGUUCCCUUUUAGACAAUCCGAGGAGCAACCGACCGGAACGGAGGACGGCGCUAGUGGCACGAGAACUGGCGCGCUACAAGGUGGACAUCGCUGCACUCAGCGAGACCCGAUUCUCCGAACAAGGCCAACUGGAGGAGGUGGGUGCCGGUUACACCUUCUUCUGGAGUGGUCGACCCAGGGUAGAGCGACGAGACGCGGGCGUCGCCUUCGCCAUCCGGACCGACAUCGUGGGACGACUGCCCUGUUUGCCGCAGGGAAUCAACGACCGCCUGAUGAGCCUCCGUCUGCCCCUCCUUGGUGACUUCAACGCCCGCGUCGGCACAGACCAUACUGCCUGGAGAGGAGUGCUGGGUUCCCACGGUCUCCACGGCUCCAACGACAACGGCCUGCUUCUCCUCCACACCUGCGCAGAACACCGCCUCACCCUGAAGAACACGUUCUUCUGUCUGCCGGAGCGAGAGAAGGCCACCUGGAGGCAUCCUCGGUCGCGUCAGUGGCACCUGCUGGACUAUGUCCUCGUCCGAAGGCGAGAUCGGCGGGACGUGCUGGUGACGAAGGCGAUCGCGGGUGCUGACGGGUGGACCGACCAUCGCCUCGUCAUCUCGAAGAUGCGUAUUCGCCUACAGCCUCGCAGGAGACCACAAGGUAAGCGACCCCCAGGUAAGCUGAAUGUUGCUUUGUUGUCUUUGCCUGCUCACCGUCUCCAUUUCAGCAAUGAGCUAGCUCAACGGCUAGACAACCUUCCUAUCGCUGCCGCCGCCGACGACGCGCCGCCGCUGCCGAGAACGCCUCCGUGGAGAACCGUUGGUGUCAACUGCGUGACACAGUCCAAUCGACGGCGCUCGCCGUCCUCGGUCGAGGACGCAACUAUCGUGCACCUAUACAAGCGCAAAGGGAAUCGCCAAGUCUGCGACAACCACCGCGGCAUCUCCCUACUGAACAUCGUCGGGAAGAUCUUCGCUCGCAUCCUGCUCAACCGCCUCAACAACCAUCUGGAACAGGGCCUUCUGCCGGAAAGCCAAUGCGGCUUCCGUCGUCAUCGCGGGACCACGGAUAUGAUCUUCGCAGCCCGCCAACUUCAGGAGAAGUGCCAGGAGAUGCGGACCCACCUGUACUCUAUCUUCUUGGACCUGACGAAAGCCUUCGACACGGUGAAUCGUGAAGGACUGUGGAAGAUUAUGCAGAAAUUCGGCUGUCCGGAGCGAUUCACUCAGAUGGUGCGUCAGCUGCACGACGGUAUGAUGGCGCGAGUCACGGACAACGGAGCUGUCUCAGAGGCAUUCGCAGUGACCAACGGAGUGAAGCAGGGCUGCGUGCUGGCGCCUACCCUCUUCAGUCUCAUGUUCUCUGCCAUGCUGAUGGACGCCUACCGCGACGAACGCCCUGGAAUCCGCAUCGCCUAUAGAACGAACGGUCAUCUCCUGAAUCACCGGCGCCUGAACUUCCGAUCGCGUGUAUCCACAGCCACCGUGCACGAACUCCUCUUCGCCGACGACUGCGCCCUGAACACCACCUCAGAAGAGGAGAUGCAACGGAGCAUGGACCUAUUCUCCGCCGCCUGCGAGAACUUUGGGCUGGUUAUCAACACGCAGAAGACGGUGGUGAUGCAUCAGCCGCCUCCCAACUCAGCCACAGCCCCCAACGCGCCGCAAAUCAACGUGAAUGGGACUCAACUGCAAGUGGUAGAGAACUUCCCGUACCUGGGCAGCACGCUCUCCCGCAACACCAAGAUCGACGACGAAGUCGCCAACAGAAUCUCGAAAGCCAGUUAA